AUGAUAUUAGAUAGGCCAGCCGUUAUUCCUAAGGUUGUAAAAGGCGCCGCCGCCGUGUUUGGCAGCUUUGGAAACGGAACCGAGGCCUUUUUGGAUGUAAUUUUUGGUAUUGCAGCCCCGGAAGGCAAACUGCCUUUUAAUUUGCCUCGUUUGCAAAAGGCCGUUAAAAAGUUAAUAGAAAACGUGCCGUUUGACAUUAAAAACCCUGUAUUUACGUUUAAACAUGGGUUACGGUACGGCAAAUACGCUAUCUAA